AUUGUAUUGUAGUAUCGUGUCAGUCACCGCCGCAUACAUUCGGACUAAUAGACGUGUUUUGAGCAAAUUAUAUUCAGUUUAUAAGAUAUUUAUUUUACGCAUAAACUUUGUGAUCUAAGAUGUGAAUCAAACUUUACAUCCAGAUUAUUUUCUUAUUCUACUGAUAUGGAUUUAUUGUAUCAAAUAAUAAAAAUGUGACGCAAGAAAAGCAACAUGACCAUUCUCCUUUAUAAUUCUUACGAACUGGAGGAAAGAGCCUCGAGGCACCUUAACGUUUGGAAAGCAUGGCAUCUAAUAUUGUAUGCACUGGCGGCGGUGUUCGGAAUUCUAAACUACGUGUUCCUACAAAAUGCAAUGGAAUUGGUUGAUAACAAUUGCGUACUAUUUCCACGCCAACUCGCUUUUCGAAUGAUCGAUACGCCUACAUUUGUGGAUAAUAAAUCAAGUUUACUCAAUGAAAGCAACAAAAUUGCCAAUAAUAGUGCUCAAUUCGAUAUCCUUAUUAACAACAUUACAGAAGAACAUACUGAAAAUGUUAAAAGGGACGUAGCUUUAUUGAAUGAAACGGAAUCAAACAAAACCGGAACGAACUCGACGAGUAUUAAUAUUGAUGACAAUAUACUUUCUGCUGACGAAAGCCAACGCAUAGUGUUGGACACUUCUCGGACAUUGUUUGGACACGACAGCGACUGUCAAUAUUCUGAGUAUAUUCCGGUCGUGUCUGUAAUCUUCGCGGCGGCAUGGGCUACCUUAUUUACGAUGUGUCCUGGUGGAGGACACUCUAGAUCUGGUCUCCAGCAGCCGUGGCGAAUAUUAGCGCCUGCGUUAAUAUUUGCCAUCGUAAUGGUUGGACUGACUGGACACAGUUUUGCCAGAACCAAUAUGGGAAUACAAGACUUCUGUGCAGCGUUUUACAACGUCACAAAUGCAACGACCUGUUCAUCCGUGGACCAAUACCUAUUGCGCUCGGUAAACGCAACAUGGUCGUGGGGCGGACGCGCGGCGGCGACGCGUGCGGCGAGCGCGGGCGCCUGGGCGAGCUGGGCGAGCGCCGCCGCUCUCUUCCUCGCGCGCUGCCUCGCCGCGCCGGACUUCCGCGUGCGACGCACCGGGGUCUAUUUGAAAGAUCCAAACAAUAAACUAACACCGUAUCUGAAGAAAACAAAGCGUGUGGUAUCUAAUUCUCCAAGUAAAUUACGAGAUAACGUAUCUAUCCAAUCAGAGCCAACGGUUACGACGGAGUUAGUGACAGCUUCCAUAGAACAAGGCCAGGACACGGCGCCGGCCUCAUUGCAAGUUACGCCCGUUAAAACUGCAUUUAAGGAAUCUAUUGAAAUGACCACAUCGCCCUAAACUAUAUUUUUAUUAAUAAUUAUGACCUAAUUUUAAUUUUCCAAUUAUAAGUAAUAUAUCUAUUCAGAGCGCUUAUAUUCUAAAUGCCUUAUUAAAAUUGUAUUAUAUACACAGCCACCAUUUAAAGUAAAAUGUAAUGUUUGCUUAAGUAUAAUGCUCAAAACUUUUUAAUAUGUUUGAAUGCAUGUGUUAGAUUUAAAAAUUCGCUCAAAAUAUAUUCGAUGUUCUUUGCCAUGCCAAGGAUAAUUGUUCAUAAUAAAUGCUCAGGGCUCAUAAUUAAUGUAAUUUAUACUAUAAUGGACAUAUUCGUCCAUAAAAGUUCUAAACAUUACCUAAUAUAUACCUAUGUAACUUUACUAUAAUAUGUACCUAUAUAAUAAAUCUAUUAGAAAUAGAUGACCAUACAUAUACAUACUUUUAUACAUUGUCUAUGAAAUAUAUGUUUCCUCAUGUCCCUACGUGAAAUGCCUAAAAUGAGUUGUUACUGUAAAGUGUAUGUCUUUUAAUAAAGGAUAUGUUUAAUUUAA